ACAACCAGUCAACCAUAUAUUUCCUGUUCACAGUGAACAUGUCCAAUAGAAGACAUGUAUGAGAUGAGAAUAUCCAGCGGUACUACAACAACAUUCAAUUAAUCACACGGCUUACCUUUUUUAUGAAACAAAGAUAAUUCGGGCCAAGUGAGAGACCAGUUACAAAGGAGGCUUGGAAGACAGUCCAUGAUGUCAAGUUCAGAGUGAAUAUGUGAGCAUGGCAGUGAUAUGUUUCGGUAAUGAGUCCGCAACACAAGAGAAGCUAGAAAGAGAAUGCAUAGAUAACUACUUAAGUCUUCCUUCAGGAUAUGACUUAAGACAGUACCUUUUACAGUACCCGUGAUACGACAAAUCAACACUGAUUGUAAGGAGAUAUAUUUAAAUCCCAGGGAACAGAUUCCACAGGAACGCAUUUUCAAUCAAACAGAUAUCUGUGAAAGGAAUAUAAAGUAAACAAUUCUCAAGCAUAUUGUAUUUGCAACAGAUUGGUUGUUCUAUAUCUGUUCGUUGGUCAUAUUUGCAGUCAAUCGACUUAUCAUGUCUGCACUUGAGAAUCAGUAUUUCAGACGAUUAUUAUCUGGAGAACCAAUGAGCACAGGAGAAGAGAUGAAGUUUGAACUUCUUCGUCUGAAAACAUUUGCAGGAUGGAUGUUACUUGACCGUGCUAGUCCAAUCAGAUUGGCCAAAGCAGGAUUUAUUUACACAGGAAAUGAAGAUGUUGUUAAAUGUUUUUCUUGUGAUGUCGUGAAAGCAGGAUGGAGCCGGAAUAUGAACCCAAUGUUGGUUCACAGAGAACUGAACCCAUCAUGUUCCUUCUUUCAAGAAGCAGAUGAUGUGAAUAUCCCAGUCUUUGUUCCACAACCAUCAGAGUACCAGGAAAUACAAAACUCCUUGCACAGACAAUACUGUGGCACCGACUCCCCGGCAAUCACCAGCAGCAGCUUCUCAAACCGACCAGACGACAAUCCUGAUUAUUCCAGCGCCACCUUCAGGCAGAAUCAGGCAACAUCAGCUCAGACAAACUUCCCCGUUGUGGCUACAGACUCUGGGGCAGCAGAAACAAGUCGCCAGGCGAUUGGCACGGCCGGAGGACUCGGACUUGGACAUGAUUCAGAAGCUACCCCAACCAGGGAGGAAUUUGCACCUAUGAAGCAGGAGGCCAACCGAUUCUCCAGCUUUGAUGCCAACUGGCCAAGACAGAACACUCCAGAUCCAAGAGAUCUGUCCCGAGCUGGAUUCUACUUUACUGGGACUGUUGAUCGCGUUCAAUGCGUGUUCUGUAGAGGAAUACUUCGCAACUGGGACGAAGACGAUGUCCCUAUGGAAGAACAUAGGCGCCACUUUCCUAUGUGUCCUUAUGUCAUGGGAUUGGAUGUCGGAAAUGUUCCGGACCCAGCCGCUAUCAUAUCUGCAAACAGAACAUCUGAGUUCAUGAACGUCACCCAGCCAGCUGCUGUGGUCAGUGAUGCCAGCCUGGGGAUUGUCACUGACCGGCCCAGACACCCACAGUAUGCAGUGGAAGCUUCCCGAGUCAGCUCCUUCAGAAACUGGCCCAGUGGAAAGGAACAGACACCCCAGAUGCUGGCCAAGGCUGGCUUCUUUUAUGCUGGUUUUGGGGACAGCGUGAAAUGCUUCUUCUGUGAUGGUGGGUUGCGCACCUGGGAGCGAGGGGAUGACCCAUGGGCGGAGCAUGCUCGAUGGUUUCCUCAAUGUCCUUACGUUCGGCAGGUCAAGGGCGAGAGCUUCAUCCAGACGGCCCUCGGAGGACACGAGCCAUCAGCCGCUACCGCAGGUAACAGCACUGCCGCUCAGUCUAACACAGACACAGGCAACAAGAUGGGUAGCAGCACAGCUGUGCGGACCCUAGACCCGCGAGAGUUGUCUGCCCGGAUGGACAGCCCCAUGGUACAGACAGUGCUGAAGAUGGACAUCCCCCGAGACCGGGUGGCCAGAGCCAUACAGAACCGACUACAGGAGACAGGUGAUGAUUUCCCCACUGUGGAGAACCUGAUGGAGGCCAUAUUUGCCCUGCCAGACAUAGACCCAGGACCAACUGAUGUUGCAGCACAAACAGGGUCCAAGUCUACAGGGAGUGUUGCUCGCUCUCCAGGAGACCAGCAGAUGGCUGACAAAGAUCUUGAUAUUGGUGAGAAGGGCGAAGACUCGGAAGAGAGGGCUAUGGAUGACUCCAGUGAUGAAGAUUCACAAUCACUGAUGGAGGAAAAUCGGCAAUUGAAAGAGCAACGUCAAUGUAAAAUAUGUAUGGACGAAGAAGUUAAUGUGGUGUUCCUCCCAUGUGGGCACUUAGUCUGCUGUGCCACAUGUGCCCCUGCCUUGAGGAAGUGCCCCAUAUGCCGGGCCAACAUCCGCGGCACCGUCCGCACCUUCAUGUCCUGAUGAAGGCAUGCACAGGCCAUAUUCUGUGUCAUAGUGAACCUCAGUCAACUCUUCAUAUUCAGUACAUUACACCACAGGGGUUGUAACAUAUAACUUAGCAGCGACAAGAUAUAUGGUCACAACCGGUAUCAGUACUAUAUAAAAAGGCAGUACUGGCACUGGUUGCGACCAUACGUCUUGAAGCUGCUAAUUUUUGUUUUACAAGCCCCUGACCAUUACACAGUGCAUAUGAUUUGAGUUAUAACAGUUGCUAACGUAGACACAAUUUAUGGAUAACAACUUCAUUAAUACUGUAAAAAGCGACGUUUCGGUAUAGAUCCUUAUACCGUUGUCAAGCAAGACUGACAACGGUGUAAGGACACAAUUUUAUGGAUAACAACUU